UUUCUUUUGCAUCAUCCCUCGACUCAUCUCAUACACUCCCAUGUCUUCAGACAAGAAACGCAUUCUGCGCGAUACCUUUGGGGACGAUGACUAUGACGAAGAUGACGAUCACAGUUUGAAUGGCGAUCGUAACCACCAAGAUCACACAGAGGACAAUCAGGGAGAAAAACAGAAUGAUGCAACUAAUAGUACACAGGAAGAGCCUCUAAUAGAAGAAGAACCAGAGGAAGAAGGCACUCCAUUGCCCAGUUUCAAAAAAAGGAAUGCAGACGGCAAUGGGUCUCCAGCGCCAGAGGCCAAGAAGAAAAAGAUCGCUAAGAAGCCAAAACCCUCAGAGAAUAAGGAUCUUCCAGAAGACGGUGCGGAUCUACCCUUGGAUCCUAGACAACAAGCCUUAAUGAAAUUGGAAAAGGAUUUUGAUUUGGCAAUGAAAAGUGGGAAAACGUCAUCCAGAAGGCGCGCCAAAGACGAUGAGGAACUUGACAAGGAUCUGGAUGAAAGUGCAUCACGAUUUGUUGCCAAGAUGCGGGAGGCUGCAUUUUCAGACAUUGAUUCCAAGCUAAAGCAUCAGUCAGCACUUGCAAAAGUUAGAAUGCUGCCUACUGUAAAAAAGCAGUUGAACAAAUCACAUAUGCACAACAUUUUCUUGGAAAACGGCAUUCUGGAGGCAAUGAAGCUAUGGCUGGAACCCCUUCAGGAUGCAUCACUCCCUAGUUUAGAUAUCAUUCAAGACUUUCUGGACCUUUUGGAGAUUUUGCCAAUCCAGACCGACCAUCUCGUUAGCAGCUCAGUUGGACGCGUCGUAUAUUUCUACACCAAAGUUGAUGACUCUCGAGUAACGCCUGCUAUCAAGCGCAAGGCCCAUGCACUUGUCGACAAAUGGAGUAGACCUAUUAUCAAACUCAGUCAGGAUUAUAGGGACAAAAAGAUCAGUUAUGCUGUUGACGAUGCAGGAUCAUCAUCGCAGCGCAGACGUCCCGCAGCUUACAGCAAUCCAACUUCAGAAGCACCUGGACCCAGCAGGAGCUUGGCAGUCAGAGUACCGCAGGUGGACCGUGGAUCAUAUGCAGUCAUGCCUGAAUCGACCGUCACAUUUGAUAAAUCUCGUGGUGGCAAGAAUGAUAAAUACAAGAAAUUGAAGUCACACAUGGCAAAGAUGAAGCAAAUCAAACGAUCCUAGCAAUACUUGGGAGAAUAGGAAAAGAGGGCUACGAAAUGUGUCGGAUAUAUUUAGUUGACCUUGACAUGUACUACUUGACUACGAAA